AUCAGGGAGCAGCAGCUUCAUCAACAGGACCAUUGGGUCCAGGAUCGACCAGCUGGACCUCUAUGUUUUUUCCAACUGUAGCGUGGCUCAAGCUGAGCUCAUAGUGACCAAAUGUCUUGCAUCUGAGACGGAUAACUUCACACAGUCCCAGCCCAUUGUACAGCAAGGGUGUGUGAAUUCUAACAACGCAAUAAAUAUUAUUACAGCAGAAAACAAUUUGAAGGUUUACCGCAUUAAUUUGGAUGCCCUGCGGUACAGCGGAUCAGAGAUGUAUGUCCAAUGCACAGUCAAUUUGUGCAUUGCCACCAGUCCCACUCAGAAGUGCCCUGAUCUGUGCUCCACCCGCUCCAUUGGCUCAGUGCUGAUCAACAGUGUGUUUUCAAGAACCUACACCAUCACCUCAGGAGCUGUUAGCCUUGUGGUCCUUCCUCCUGAUCCAGACACAACCACACCAACUACAACUACUGCUAUUGGUGCUCAUGCUCCUACUCCUGCUACUACUUUGGAUCAUCAUAUGCCUGUUCCUGCUACUCCUGCUACCGCUGCUCCUCAUGCCGCUGCUCCUGGUGCCGCUGCUCCUGAUGGUGCUACUACUGCUGCCCCUGAUGCUGCUACUACUGCUGCCAGUAUAAACAUUGCAGCGGCACAGAACAGCACCACUGCACAUGCUCCAGAACAGGCCUCAGCCAUGGCAGCAGGAGUAAUUUUGACAACUGUCAGCAUAUUUCUUCAAAGCAUCUUCCUUUACUGAACAAUGCUACUGUGCAAUGAGCUGACACAUCUAGCACUACAUUUGUUUGUUUGGGGCCUUUGAAAUUUGAAUUCCACACAUUUUUCCACAGUAGACUUU